CCCAGCUGAGGCACGGCACUCCUCUUAGCUCGUCAUGAAGUAUUGGGUGGUAGCAGCUUUAGUGGUGGCAGCGGUGGGAUCACCGCUUCCAGACGAUUGUGUACAUGAAGUCAUUACAUACAGUGGAACGGUGCCCGUUGGGUCACCACAUGCAGCAUACUAUGUAGCAGUCCCCGCCAUUCAUCAUGCUGCAGCAUUCCCAGCUCACCAUUACCAGUCAACAUAUGGAGUUGGUAGCAAACCAGCUAUUGUAUCCUAUGCUGCAGCUCCUGUAACAGGACUAUCUCAACCUGUUAAACAAACCCCAGAGGUAGAGAGGGCUACUGCAGCCUUCAUGGCUGCUUGGAAUACAGCUGCAGCACAAGCAACUCAUAUUCAACAAACCCUGGUCAAAACCUCACCCUCUGGUGCCUAUUCAAUUGAAGUUCCCAGGCAAGUACAAGCAACAGAAGAGGUUAAGAGAGCAACAGCUGAAUUUAUGGAAGCAUGGAAUGCAGCUGCAAGACGUGCACCUGUUGUUCAACAAGCUGUUUCAUAUGUGCCACAGCAGCAACAGCAAUCUGCUGACGUCAAAGCAGCCACUGCUAGUUUUAUGGCUGCCUGGGAAGCUGCUGCUCAACGAGCUUCAACUCUUAGGCAGGCAGUGACUUACUCUGCUGUUCCCCAACAGGUAGAGGCUACUGAUGACGUCAAGAAAGCUACAGAAGAAUUCAUGGAAGCUUGGAGAGAAGCCGCAUCACGAGUUCCUACCAUUCAGACCACCCUAUACCAGGUUACAGGUACUACACCAUCCUCUGGCGUCCCAAUAAUUGUUGGUGGUGUUCCCCAGUUCACUCCCGAAGUUGCUCACGCCACAGCCGAAUUCACGAAGGUUUGGAAUGCUGCUGCUGCAGCUGCUGCAGCAGCCCCUGAUGUCAACAUCAUCAUGGGAACCAGUUCACAUCCACAGGCACAUGCUUCUGUAUCUUAUGCUGCACCUCAUGUACAGCAUGGACAUUACCAAGCACCAGCAGCUGUGUCUUAUGCAGCUGUCCCUUCACACGGGGUACCUCAGCCUGUUAAACCAACCCCAGAAGUAGAGAGGGCUACUGCAGCAUUCAUGGCUGCUUGGAAUAGAGCUGCUGCACAGGCAACUCACAUUCAACAAACCCUGGUUAAAACCUCACCCUCUGGUGCCUAUUCAAUUGAAAUUCCCAAGCAAGUACAAGCAACAGAAGAGGUUAAGAGAGCAACAGCUGAAUUUAUGGAAGCAUGGAAUGCAGCUGCAAGACGUGCACCUGUUGUUCAACAAGCUGUUUCAUAUGUGCCACAGCAGGUACAACAAACUGCUGAUGUCCAAGAAGCAACUGCUAGUUUUAUGGCUGCCUGGGAAGCUGCUGCACAACGAGCUUCAACUCUUAGGCAGGCAGUGACUUACUCUGCUGUUCCCCAACAGGUAGAGGCUACUGAAGAAGUCAAAAGAGCAACAGAAGAAUUCAUGGAAGCUUGGAGAGAAGCCGCAUCACGAGUUCCUACCAUUCAGACCACCCUAUACCAGGUUACAGGUACUACACCAUCCACUGCCGUCCCAGUAAUUGUUGGUGGUGUUCCCCAGUUCACUCCCGAAGUUGCUCACGCCACAGCCGAAUUCACGAAGGCUUGGAAUGCUGCUGCUGCAGCUGCUGCAGCAGCUCCUGAUGUCAACAUCAUCAUGGGAGCCAGUUCACACCCACAGGCACAUGCUUCUCUAUCUUAUGCUGCAGCUCAUGUACAGCAUGGACAUUACCAAGCACCAACAGCUGUGUCUUAUGCAGCUUCCCCUUCACAUGGGGUACCUGAACCUGUUAAACCAACCCCAGAAGUAGAGAGGGCUACUGCAGCAUUCAUGGCUGCUUGGAAUAGAGCUGCUGCACAGGCAACUCACAUUCAACAAACCCUGGUUAAAACCUCACCCUCUGGUGCCUAUUCAAUUGAAAUUCCCAGGCAAGUACAAGAAACAGAAGAGGUUAGGAGAGCAACAGCUGAAUUUAUGGAAGCAUGGAAUGCAGCUGCAAGACGUGCACCUGUUGUUCAACAAGCUGUUUCAUAUGUGCCACAGCAGGUACAACAAACUGCUGACGUCCAAGCCGCAACUGCUAGUUUUAUGGCUGCCUGGGAAGCUGCUGCUCAACGAGCUUCAACUCUUAGGCAGGCAGUGACUUAUUCUGCUGUUCCGCAACAGGUAGAGGCUACUGAAGAAGUCCAAAGAGCAACAGAAGAAUUCAUGGAAGCUUGGAGAGAAGCCGCAUCACGAGUUCCUGCCAUUCAGACCACCCUAUACCAGGUUACAGGUACUACACCAUCCACUGCCGUCCCAGUAAUUGUUGGUGGUGUUCCCCAGUUCACUCCCGAAGUUGCUCACGCCACAGCCGAAUUCACGAAGGCUUGGAAUGCUGCUGCUGCAGCUGCUGCAGCAGCUCCUGAUGUCAACAUCAUAAUGGGAGCCAGUUCACACCCACAGGCACAUGCUUCUCUAUCUUAUGCUGCAGCUCCUGUACAGCAUAGGCAUUACCAAGGACCAGCAGCUGUGUCUUAUGCAGCUGUCCCUUCACACGGGGUACCUCAGCCUGUUAAACCAACCCCAGAAGUAGAGAGGGCUACUGCAGCAUUCAUGGCUGCUUGGAAUAGAGCUGCUGCACAGGCAACUCACAUUCAACAAACCCUGGUUAAAACCUCACCCUCUGGUGCCUAUUCAAUUGAAAUUCCCAAGCAAGUACAAGCAACAGAAGAGGUUAAGAGAGCAACAGCUGAAUUUAUGGAAGCAUGGAAUGCAGCUGCAAGACGUGCACCUGUUGUUCAACAAGCUGUUUCAUAUGUGCCACAGCAGGUACAACAAACUGCUGAUGUCCAAGAAGCAACUGCUAGUUUUAUGGCUGCCUGGGAAGCUGCUGCACAACGAGCUUCAACUCUUAGGCAGGCAGUGACUUACUCUGCUGUUCCCCAACAGGUAGAGGCUACUGAAGAAGUCAAAAGAGCAACAGAAGAAUUCAUGGAAGCUUGGAGAGAAGCCGCAUCACGAGUUCCUACCAUUCAGACCACCCUAUACCAGGUUACAGGUACUACACCAUCCACUGCCGUCCCAGUAAUUGUUGGUGGUGUUCCCCAGUUCACUCCCGAAGUUGCUCACGCCACAGCCGAAUUCACGAAGGCUUGGAAUGCUGCUGCUGCAGCUGCUGCAGCAGCUCCUGAUGUCAACAUCAUAAUGGGAGCCAGUUCACACCCACAGGCACAUGCUUCUCUAUCUUAUGCUGCAGCUCAUGUACAGCAUGGACAUUACCAAGCACCAACAGCUGUGUCUUAUGCAGCUUCCCCUUCACAUGGGGUACCUGAACCUGUUAAACCAACCCCAGAAGUAGAGAGGGCUACUGCAGCAUUCAUGGCAGCUUGGAAUAGAGCUGCUGCACAGGCAACUCACAUUCAACAAACCCUGGUUAAAACCUCACCCUCUGGUGCCUAUUCAAUUGAAAUUCCCAGGCAAGUACAAGCAACAGAAGAGGUUAGGAAAGCAACAGCUGAAUUUAUGGAAGCAUGGAAUGCAGCUGCAAGACGUGCACCUGUUGUUCAACAAGCUGUUUCAUAUAUGCCACAGCAGGUACAACAAACUGCUGACGUCCAAGCAGCAACUGCUAGUUUUAUGGCUGCCUGGGAAGCUGCUGCUCAACGAGCUUCAACUCUUAGGCAGGCAGUGACUUACUCUGCUGUUCCGCAACAGGUAGAGGCUACUGAAGAAGUCAAAAGAGCAACAGAAGAAUUCAUGGAAGCUUGGAGAGAAGCCGCAUCACGAGUUCCUACCAUUCAGACCACCCUAUACCAGGUUACAGGUACUACACCAUCCACUGCCGUCCCAGUAAUUGUUGGUGGUGUUCCCCAGUUCACUCCCGAAGUUGCUCACGCCACAGCCGAAUUCACGAAGGCUUGGAAUGCUGCUGCUGCAGCUGCUGCAGCAGCUCCUGACGUCAACAUCAUUAUGGGAAGCGGUACACAACCUCAAGCACAUGCUUCUGUAUCUUAUGCUGCAGCUCCUGUGCAGCAUGUGCAUUACCAUGCACCAGCAGCUGUGUCUUAUGCAGCUGCCCAUUCACAUGGGGUACCUCAACCUGUUAAACCAACCCCAGAAGUAGAGAGGGCUACUGCAGCUUUCAUGGCUGCUUGGAAUGUAGCUGCUGAGCAAGCAACAAAACUGAAGGCAACCUUAGUGAAGACUGAUCAUGCUAUACAGCCUCCUCGUCAAGUUCAAGAGACAAAUGCUGUUAGGCAAGCCACAGAAAAAUUCAUGUCAACAUGGAAUGCUGCUGCACGACGUGCAAAUGUUGUUGAGCAAGCUAUCUCUACUCUACCUCAACAAGUUGAAGCUACUCUUGAUGUUAAAAAAGCUACCGCUGAAUUUAUGUCAGCAUGGCAUGCUGCUGCAGAGCGAGCAUCAACCAUCAGAGACACUGUAACAACCACGACACAGUACUCGGUUCCCCAACAAGUAAAACCCACAAGUGCAGUCCAAAAAGCAACAUCUGAAUUUAUGGCUUUGUGGAAUGAGGCAGCAGAUCGGGUUCCACAGAUCGAGACAACCUUAUACACUCUCUCUGGAACUACAGCCCUUGAUCCAGCCCGUUCCCCACAACCCGUGUCUGACACACCUGAAGUAAAAGCAGCCAAGGAAGCUUUCAUGGUACAAUUUCGUGCUGCUGAGAGGGCAGCCGGUCGUACCUCAGUUGUCCGUGGUCUUCUUCCAGUCCCCACCGUGCUAGCUGCAGCCCCUGUCCAUCAUCUGGCAUACAGCGGUGGCGCCCUACAUCAAACUUUCUCCCUAAGUGACCGCAUCUUUGCUCCUUUCUCUGGUCUCCCCAUAUAUGUGAAGGACUGUGUUUAAAUUACAAACUUGCUCUUUUGUUAGACUUUCAUUCUUACACAAGUUUAUAUUAUAAUGUUGUAUCCUUUCUUAAAAAUGUAUAUGUAAAUAAAGAAUGCAAGAUUGGAAA